CACACACACUGGCGCUGAGGAAACAUGCCUGUAGUCGGAGUCGCUUCUAAACUGCGCCAGCCGUCGGUCCCCUCCAGGCCAGUGCACACGGCUCUACCGAUCCAAAACAGAAGUCAGAGGUCGGAUCUCGGCGUCUCGGACACGCCCACCCUGACCUGUCAGCUGUCAAUCAAAUCGGAUUUGCAGGAGAGGAGCGACCUGGACGAGGAGAGGAGGAUCUGUAAGAUUUACACUGAUUGGGCGAAUCACUACCUGAGUAAAGCCGGCUGCUCUCGGUUAAUAAAGGAUCUAACGCUGGACAUUCCUGAUGGAGUUCUGCUAUCCAACAUCAUCCACAUCAUCGCGAAUGAGAAGGUGAAGAACAUCGUGGACUCACCGAGGAGUCACAGUCAGAUGAUUGAGAAUGUGGAGUCCUGUCUGAUGUUCCUGGAGAGCCGAGGGGUCAGUGUACAGGGCCUGAGCGCUGAAGAUGUGUGUAAGGGUAAUCUGAAGGUGAUCCUCGGCCUGUUCUUCAUCUUGUCGCGGUACAAACAGCAGCAGCAGCAACAGCAGCAGUACCUACAGUCUCUGGUGGAGCUUCAACAGCACGUCACACCUACACCGUCACCCAAAAACCACCACCAACAACAACAACAACAACAACGAACACCAGAGAUGCAGUCCAGUGUAACAGCGAGGUAUGUGGGUUCACCCGUUCAGAGUGGAGCUGCACAGAAGAAAAACUCAAGGUUGCCAGGUCCCUCGAGAUCCCCUCAGGUGGGUAACAAUAGGACUCCGGCCUCAGCGAGUCUGAACCGGAGGAGUCAGAGCUUCACCAGCAUCGACCGCUCCAAACCACUGCAGUACGCCAGUGGGAAUGAUAAAGAGUCGGUGAAGUCCGUCCCUGUGGUGGGCGGCAUGAACAACAGCACCAGUGGUCAGCACCUGGCGUCCGCUAUUCCCUCUCCGACGAUGGGCCAAUCCUGGCGCAGCAAGUCCAUGAACAUGAAGCACAGCGCCACAUCCUCCAUGCUGGCCACCAGCCCCGCCUCCUCCCCUCCUCCGCCCAACUCGGACGCGCCACGCCCAUCGCUGUCCGACGCGGCCAAGUCGGCGCCCGGUAAUCAGCGCUCCAUGCUGGACAAGUUCCGACUGGUCAACACUAGCAUGACCCUCCAGGAGGAGGACGAUCUCUCGGAGUACGGUGACGACGGCGGGUCGUGUCCCAAACCACAGCCCAGGACGCCCGCACCCUCCUCUUCCUCCACCCCGAACAAAAACACCGCUAAUGCUAACGGCAACACAAACGUCGCUGCUAACAACAGUAAGAACGCCGGUAACGCCAAGUCCUCGUCUCAACCCAAAGACGACAAGAGCAGAAACAAGGGUAAAGCGAGCACCCCUCCCAAAGAGGAGCUGAUCCCAGAACCUGCCAAGAAGGGCUCCAAAAUAGCUAGCCUCGCCCCAAAGGGGGGCAAAACGACCACGGCAAAGAAGGAAAGCACGAUCCCUGCCCCCAGUGGCAUUCCGAAACCCGGCCUGAAGGCUCAGACAGGAGGAUCAAAGCCUGCCGGAGAGAAGGCCAAGGGGGGUAAAGGAGGGCAAGGGCUUUAUACCCAGCGCUCCCUGGGAGGACUAGAGGGUAAAAAGAGCAGCAUGGUCUCCUCCACCAGCACCUCAGCCCUCUCCGGGUCCACCACUACUACUGCGGGAGGAGGAGGAGGAGGUACGUCGGGAGGCAACGGAGCGGUGCAGUUACCCCAGCAACAGCAGCACAACCACCCCAACACAGCGAUGGUCCCUCCAUUCAUGUACAGGACGUGCUCGGAGAACGACUGUACCGCGGUGGUGGUUCCUGAUCCUGCUCUCAGUCCCACUAAAGACCUCGCCUACAACAAAACCGCCAAACAGUGCCUGGAGGAGAUCUCAGGUGAAGACCCGGAGACCAGACGAAUGCGCACAGUGAAGAACAUCGCUGAUCUGAGACAGAACCUGGAGGAGACCAUGUCCAGUUUACGGGGAACACAGAUCACACACAGCACUCUAGAGACGACCUUCGACUCCACAGUCACGACCGAAGUCAACGGGCGCGGUAUAGCCUCUCAUCCCACUCGCAGUGCCCCCAUGUCAUGGCGCCUCGGGCAGUCGCAGCCACAGAGUCCUCGACUCCAAGCGGGCGACGCCCCGUCCCAUCCUGGCAACUACGCGGCCCCCAGAUCCGUCUCGGCAGCUACCGGUCGCUACGGUGACCCCUCACGGCUGGUCUACACGGCACCAGCGAGAAGAGCGGGCGGUACGGGUGGCAAGGGGGUGGAAGGGGGGCUGGGAGAAAAAGAGGUGGCACUGGAGGAGGACGUUGUGGGAGGAUACGUGAGCGAUGGAGACGUACUGGCCAAAAAUAUACGACCUGAAGACGUCAGCAGCGGGUACGUAACAGAUGGUGGGGUGUAUUCCCGAAACGUGGGGCACGUCCCUGAGCCUCCAUCAGCGCGAGAGCUAAUCCAGAGGGUUAAAGAGGGCGAGGCUGCUGACAGUUAUGAUGACAGCAGCUCGGUGAGCAGUGGACUCAGCGACUCUCUCGACGUCGGAGCUUCUGAGGAUCACGCCAUCGGUUCAUCACACCGGAGUAAAUCAGCACAGUGUGAGCAGAGGUGCGAUCAGAACAGCAGUACCUGGUGUGGAGCUGAAGACCUGAAGAAGGUCGAUGAGCACAUAGAGAACAUCAUGGACUCCUCAGAAGGGACAGGGCUUCCCACUGCUCAGACGGGCUCGUGGAGGCGGGGCAUGAGCGCCCAGGGGGGCAUUACCUCACCACGGGGUAAAAACAGCAACACCAACCUGAAAACAGCAGGUAAAACCGACGAUGCAAAGGCUUCAGAGAAGGUGAAGACUCCUUGUAAAUCUCCCAUCAUGCAACGCUCACCAUCAGACGUUGGCAAAAGCAGUGGAGACGAGGGUAAAAAGCCCGGCAUCGCCCGCCCUCCACCUGCGACCGGCUGUUUCGGAUAUAAGAAAGCUCCAGCUUCGGCGGAACUGGCACCCAAGACUUUAGCUUCCAAAUCCUCUGGGAAAGUGGGUGGGGCCCCUCCAGUAAUCAGUGGAGCCAGGAAAACCAGUCUGGAUGGGUACCGUCACCAUGACGAUGGGGUCCUUCUGGGCAUCGGCGGUUCCAAAAUGCCCUUUCAGUACCGCUCGCUUCCGCGUCCUGCCAAAUCCUACCGUUCCGUGGACUGUCCUGACGUUAAACGGGGUGGAUCCGGGCUCGGGGCCACAGCUGGAGCCGGAACUGGAUUCGGGGCCCCGACAGUGGGUGGAGUUUCAAAGAGGAAGGAUGGAGGGAUGGUGGACUCGGGAAGGUUGAGUCCGGUCAGCAUCAAUCAGACGGAUAAAGAGAAGGUCUCAGUGUCGGAGCAGGAGGGGUCAGCAAUGAGCACGUCGCCCAAAUCUAGUCCAACGUCUGGUCAAUCAGGACUCAGACAGCCCGGCUCCAAGUACCUAGAUAUCGCCUCGCCCACCUUCCGCAGGUUAUUUGGUGGGAAGUGCAGUGGCAGUAAACCGAGUUCCCCCGACUCCUCCAAAUCCAUCCCCUUCGCUUCGCCCCUCGAUUCCCCGGUCAGCGGGGGCAACAGGACACCCGACUCUCUUUCCAACGCCCGUCCGUUCCUCAGCAGCUCGUCGGCCGGCAGCAGGGAGACCCUGAGCAGCAUACAGACCAGUUCUCAUACCAGUUUACAUACCAGUUCACAUACCAGCAUGCACACCAGUUCAGAGUCCAUCGAGCUGCCCACGUCCCAUCAUCAAACGAGACUCAAGUCCACUCUGUCCCAGGGCAUGACCCUUGACAGAAACACUCUGCCCAAAAAGGGAUUAAGAAAUCCUCCCUCAUCCAGACAGAUGUCUCAUGAUGAGGGUAAAGAAUGGCUUCGUUCUCAUUCCACUGGAGGUCUUCAGGACACUGGAAGUCCCCUCUCACCCCCCACUGGCAAAUACCACUACAGUACCCUGUUGAGCCCCACCGGUGCCAUGACCAGGUCUAACAGUAUUCCGGAUCAGGAUGGGUUUGAUCUGUAUGGAGAUAACCGGGUUCUGUGUGGUAGUAACACCUCUCUGGAGGACCGGCCCCGGGGUGUCAGCCGCUCCGCUUCCUUCCGCGAUAGCACUGAUGAAGUUCAUGGAUCGUCGUUGUCUCUGGUCUCCAGCACGUCGUCCUUAUACUCUGCGGUGUACGCCUAUCUGGAAAAGACGGAGGAGAAGGCGCACUCGGAGCAAAUCAGGAAGCUGCGGCGGGAGCUGGACGCGUCUCACGAAAAGGUCGCGACCUUGACGUCUCAGCUGUCGACCAACGCUCACCUGGUUGCAGCGUUUGAGAAGAGUCUGACCAACAUGACCGGCCGCUUACAGAGUCUCACCAUGACGGCAGAGCAGAAGGAGUCGGAGUUGGCGGAGUUGAGGGAGACGAUUGAAGCUUUGAAAGCUCAAAACACUGAUGCACAAACCGCCAUACAGGUGGCAUUAAACGGUCCAGAGCAUCUACACAGACUACACAGAGUUCGGAGGCAGCACUCCUCUGACAGCAUGUCCAGUAUUAACAGCGCCGUGAGUCACAGCAGCAUCAACAGCAAAGAAUCUGAUGAUAAGAAGAAGAAAAAAAAGAGCUGGUUGCGGAGUUCCUUUAAGCAGGCGUUCGGGGGGAAGAAGAAAGGCUCGAAGCUCCAGUCGUCCCACGAUGAGCUGGAGGAAAUGAUGGACUCGUCCGUCCCCUCGUCUCCUAAACUCCAACACGCCUGUACGGAGGGGAGCACCCACUCCUUACACACGUCCUCGUCCACCACCGAGGUGUGUGUACGUGACAGUAAAUCCUCCCCACUGUGGGUGCGCAGGAAACGACCGAACGGCCACGUCGUCUACAGACACAGAUCCCGGUUGUGUGAGUGUACUGAAGCUGAAGCGGAGAUCGUCCUCCAGCUGAAGAACGAGCUGAGGGAGAAGGAACUGAAGCUGACCGACAUCAGACUGGAGGCUCUGAGUUCAGCUCAUCAUCUCGACCAGAUCAGAGAGGCCAUGAACCGCAUGCAGAACGAGAUCGAGGUGCUGAAGGCGGAGAACGAUCGACUGAAGUCCAGCGGAAACUCCACGCCCUCAUCGGUGCCCUCCAAAGCGGCUCGACCCCCCUCGGAGACCUCGAGCACCUCCUCCACGUCCUCGCGCCAGUCGCUGGGGCUGUCCCUCAACAACCUCAACAUCACCGAGACCAUCAUGUCAGACCUGCUUCUGGACGACGGCUACGAGGGGAACUUGCGUAAAGAGGGGCGGAGUGUACGGAUCGUGGUCACCGUCGGUAAAGGCUCCAACAGGACCAAGGUGUUGCAGAGUCAGGAUUACCUGAUCGGUUCUAUUGGCGUGAGCGGGAAAACCAAAUGGGACGUUUUGGAUGGCGUAAUCCGACGCCUGUUCAAGGAGUACGUAUUUCGUGUGGACCCGUUAACGAGUCUGGGGCUGAAUUCGGACAGUAUAGUGAGUUACCGGAUGGGGGAAGUGGAACGCUCUCACGCUUCGGAGAUCCCCGAGCUGUUACCCUGUGGGUACCUGGUGGGGGAAAACAACCUCAUCAACAUCAGACUGAAAGGUGUGAGGGAGAACAGUAUAGACGAGCUGGUGUUCGACACCCUGAUCCCUAAACCCAUUAUUCAGAGAUACCUCAACCUGCUGAAGGAGCACCGCAGGAUCAUCCUGUCCGGGCCGAGCGGAACCGGGAAAUCUUACCUGGCCAACAGACUGGCGCAUUUUAUCAUCAACAAGAGCGGCAGGGAGGUGAACGAGUACAACCUCGCCUGCUUCCACGUGGACCAGAAAUCCAGCAAGGAUCUGUGUCAGUACCUCUCGGCUCUUGCUGAACGCUGUAACUGUGAUGAGGCUGAGCAGGAGCGACAGCUCCCCCUGGUGGUUCUGAUCGAUAAUCUGCACCACAUCGCCAACCUGAGCGAUAUCUUCAACGGGUUCCUCAACUGCAAAUACCAUAAAUGUCCGUAUGUGAUCGGAACGAUGAACCAGGGCGUGUCCUGCUCCCCAAAUCUGGAACUGCACCAUAACUUCAGGUGGGUGUUAUGUGCCAACCACACGGAGCCGGUCCGAGGGUUUUUGGGUCGUUUCCUGCGCAGGAAGCUGAUCGAGAAGGAGAUCGAUAAAAACACUCGGAGUAACGAGCUCAUCAAGAUCAUCGACUGGAUCCCUAAGACGUGGCAGCACAUCAACACCUUCCUGGAGGCUCACAGCUCGUCGGACGUCACCAUCGGUCCCCGGUUGUUCCUCUCAUGUCCGAUGGAAGUGGAAGGCUCUCUGAUCUGGUUCACCGACUUGUGGAACUUCUCGCUGGUGCCCUACCUCCUGGAGGCCGUAAGAGAAGGACUGCAGCUCUACGGGAAGAGAGCCGUGUGGGAGGAUCCAUGCAAGUGGGUGAUCGACAGCUCCCCGUGGAGCUCCACCCCCCUGCAGCGAGACAGCCAAUCCCUGAUCCCGCUGCGCCCGGAGGACGUGGGCUACGACGCCUUCAGCUCAUUUAAGGACGGUGCGUCGUCCAAACAGACCCAUAAACAGUCGGCGCAGAGCGACAGCGAGGGAGACCCACUGAUGAACAUGCUAAUGAGGCUACAGGAAGCUGCUAACUACUCCAGCGCCACCCAGAGCUGUGACAGCGACAGCGCCAGUAACCAUGACGACGCCCUAAACUCCUCCCUCGAGUCGGCCCUUUAGACCACGCCCUCUGUCGGGAGAGCCGAUCCUGAUUGGAUAACGACGGGCCCUAACGGAGGCCGACUAUUCCGAGUACUGGCUUACUAACGAACGAACAAACCGGAAGUCUUGCUCCGUUAGCGAUAUCAAUGUUAAUCGCAGUUAAUUAGCAUUGUUUACACAGGGCGGAGUCUCGUUACGGUGGGCGUGGUCGACUCUGCGGUGCUUAUGUGGUGCACUACUGUGGUUCCCGCUACUGUGAAACCUCUGCUACGCGGGCUAGUGGGUUCUCAUAGUGACACAUAGCGGCGGACACCGAACCGCCCGCAGUUCCUCUUGUCUCCACCGGAGGCGCCAGUGCUGGACUGCAUUACAGACUCAUCAUGGUGCUUCUCUGCUGCCUUAAAUGUG